GGGGCCCCCCGGGAAAUAGGGGAUCAUGGGGCCCCUGUGUCCUUGCCCAAACUCAAAAAAGCCUAUGAAAAAGGUACCAGGGGCAUCUCAUGGGGCCCCCUACUGACCCCGGGCCCUCGGGCGGUGCCCGAGUUUCCAAAUGGUCAGUCCGCCCCUGUCCGCCACUAUGUUGAUUUGCAGAGAAACCCCUGGGGACUUCCGCGGAACCCCGGUUGAGAAACACUGCUUUAGAGGAUAGAGGGCUGCAGAUAAACAAGUACAAGUUAUGUAUAAGGAUUUGUUUCAUGUCUUAGUACAAUGUUACCAUGGUAACAUUGUACUACUUUGGUCAUAG